UUUUAUUUUGGAAUGUGACAUACACAACCGGAUGUGGCGCUGCUUCUGACAGCGGAUCCUGACAGACCGGAAAUAAUCGUCGGUUUUGGUGACGCUGCAUUAGAGGGGAAGACAUGGCCCGGUAUAGGUUGUUGGGGUUGUUUCUGCUCAGCCUCGCUCUGGUCGGAGCCCAGGCGCUCACACCGUCCCACCACCUGUCCCUGUCCGAUGUGGCCAGACUGCACAGCUUCCUGAGCCAGAGCUUCACAGACCUCGAAUCUGCCUACUACUCUAUUGUUGGUCUGACCAAGCUUGGAGCAAAUGUCGCCGACCAAAGAGAAGCGUGCCAAUUCCUCAAGUCCCAGCUAGAUCCCACAAGUGUUGACUCUCUCUUCUUUGCUGCCGAGGCCAGUAAGGCCCUAUCAGGAUGUGAGAUCCCUGUGUCAAACGAAACUCGCGACAUUCUUCUGGCAGCGGUCAGCGAAGACUCGACUGUGGCUCAGAUCCAUCGGGCCGUGGGUGCGCUUAGCUCCCUGGGGCUUCCUCUUGCAUCCCAGGAAGUUGUUGCCGCUCUGACAGCUCGCAUCAACAAGGAGGACAACGUCAUGGCCAUCACCUUGGCUCUGCACACGGCAGCCCGUCUCUCCGCGCAGGCCGAUUUUGUAGGAAUCCUGGAGGAGAUUGAGGAUCUGACAGCUCGUUUGGAUGAUCUGGGCGGCGUCUACCUGCAGUUUGAAGAGGGACUCGAGGCGACGGCCCUGUUUGUGACCGCUGCCUACGCGCUGUCAGAUCACGUGGAUAUGGAGCCCCCUCUAAAGGAGGACCAGGUCAUCCAGCUGGUGAACUCCAUCUUCAGCAAGAAGUCCUGGGACUCUCUGGCUGAGGCUUUCAGUGUGGCAAGUGCUGCCGCCGCCUUCUCCAGCAACCGCUUCCAUGUGCCAGUUAUUGUCAGCGCUCAGGGCCCAGCCACAGUGUCCCACAGCCAGCCAACCUUGCAGCUUCUUGUUACUGAUGUCCUGUCUCAACCCCUGGCUUCAGCCAGUGUGCUGGUGGAGUCCGCUUAUGCUGUGGCCUCCAAGAGCGUCAUACUCAGUCAAGCACCUUUCACCCUCAAUGACGGCGUCUUUGAACUGAACUUCAUGUCCAGCCAGCCGGCCAGUGGAUAUUACCAGUUCACUGUGGCAGUGACAGGGGAUAGCCGACUAAUUGCCAAUCAUGUUGAGCUGAAAGUGAAAGUGUCCACUGAGGUGGCCAUCACUAAUAUGGAUCUGUCUGUCGUGGAUAAGGACCAGAGUAUCGGCACAAAGACCACCAGGGUGGACUAUCCCUCCAAAGCCAAGAGCUCCUUCACCGCAGACAGCCACCAGAACUUUGCCAUGUCCUUCCAGCUGGUUGACGUCAACACCGGAGUGGAGCUCACGCCUCAUCAGACUUUUGUCCGGCUGCACAAUCAGAAAACUGGCCAAGAGGUUGUGUUUGUGGCUGAGCCAGACAGUAAGAACCUCUACAAGUUUGAGUUGGACACAGCGGAGAGGAAAUCUGAGUUCGACUCCAUCUCUGGCACUUACUCCCUCUACCUCAUCGUUGGAGACGCUACCCUGGAGAACCCGAUUCUGUGGAAUGUGGCGGAUGUCGUUCUGAAGUUCCUGGAUGAGGAGGCCCCAGCUACUGUUCAGCCGAAGACACUUUACGUGCCCAAACCAGAAAUCCAGCACUUAUUCAGGAAACCGGAGAAGAAGCCUCCCACUGUGGUUUCCAACACCUUCACUGCCCUCGUCCUUUCUCCCUUCCUGUUACUGCUCAUCCUGUGGUUUAAGCUCGGAGCCAACAUCUCCAACUUCAGCUUCUCUCCCAGCUCCAUUCUCUUCCACAUAGGACAUGCAGCCAUGCUGGGUCUGAUGUAUGUUUACUGGACCCACCUCAACAUGUUCCAGACCCUCAAGUACCUGGCCAUCAUCGGCAGUCUAACCUUCCUCGCCGGGAACCGCAUGCUGGCUCAGAAAGCAGUCAAGAGAAUGGCAAACAAAUGAGGACAACUAUAUUAAAGAAGACACUGAAGGUCUUUUUUUUUCCCCCCUUCCAUGGAGUCAUUCAAGUUUGCAUCACAUCUGACUUUUGAGAAAUAGCAUGGAAUUUCAUGAAGCCAAUUGAGUUCAGUUUUUUAAAAAAAAUGCAGUUUGUGUCUUUUUGCCACAUGAAAGGAAAAACGAGAUAUCGUGAUUGUCUCCAAGAGACCGGACAAACGCGCAGUGACACAGAAACUCCUACUGAGGGCUGUAAAGCUAAUCAUCAUUGCACUUCAUUUUCCUGUGAUUUUUUUUUUUUUUUUUUUUUGUUCUCUUAUUGUCCAUCAUGACAGUUUUCUCAGUGAGUUAGGGUUAUUAUUUGUGCUUUCCUGAUGAAAUUUGGGUUGAUGUUUUUGUACAUUCCUCUUUCCUGUUGCUCAGCACUCAUCUCAACCUGUAAUUGAGUUUAGUCAUCGGCAUGUUUCAGCUGAUACUAAACCAUCGACAGCCGCACUGAUACGUUCAUCAUUACUAAUCUAGCCGGUAUGUUUGCCUGUUCAGUGUGUCAAAUAUGGAGGAUGUGAAGUGUUCUCGUCUCUGGUAUAGAGUUCGUGUCCUCCAGAAACAAAAUAAUUACUGAAAUAAGUUAUGAGCAAUUCCAGGAAAGGUGGCUUUUUGUAAUGAAAAAAAGAGGAAAUAAAGAAAUUAAGAGGA